AAUUCAUUGUAUAAACAUAAACUUGACUUAACAUUUACUCAUUUAAUUGAUUUCGUUUCCAUUUUAAAACUAAAACUAUGUCUUGGACGAAAGUCGCUGCCCUUAAGCUCAUAGAGCUAUAUGGACAUCAUCCAAAUUUGUACGAAAUUACAUCUACAAAGUACAAGAAUAAACACGUACGGUCGAGUUCCCUAGAAGCCAUUCGAAAUGAACUACAGUUACUGAAAUAAAAGCAAAGUAUAACAUGAUGCGUCAGACCUACAUACAAGAGAGGAAAAAAGUAGUGACUUGCAAAAAAAGUGGUGCUGGUGCAGCUGAUGUUUAUAUUCCAAAUUUGUAUUAUUUUGAAGUAAUAGAUAAAUUACUUAGAGGAAGUGGCAUAGACCCUAGGGCCUUAACUGAUACAAUUGUUGAUGAACCUCACAAACCUUAUGAUAUUUCAUCAGACAAUGAGAACAUAUUGGAAUUUACUGAAAUGGAUGAUGACGGUUCCAGAAGUCCAGCUAUUAAUAGUCCCAUCACUAAUCACAUAGCUACAACAUUACAAUCGAAAACCCCAAAGAGGUUUAAAAAAAAUUUCUUCCUGGGGACAAAAUUUUGGAAGAUGCUUCAGCAGUAAUGCAGGGCAUAUGUAAUGCCAUGGAACAAACGCAAUAAAAAACUCCAAAGGAUCGGUUUGAUGUCUUUGGUGAAUAUAUUGCCCUGCGAUUAAGAACCAUCUCUGGUGAGGCUCUUCAGAAUGAAGCUGAAUUAAAUGAAUGAAAAAUAAAAACAAUAAAACUACAUAAUAUAACUUGAAUUUGAUUUUAAUUUAUUU